GCUGAUGUGAGGGCAGAUUGUGCAGCAGCAGUAAAUGCACUUUGACACAUUGGUGUUGGUGUGAUUUACCGACCUGACAACUUCAGCUCAGUUUGUUUGUUAGCAAAACAAAUUGCGCCUGCGCCCUGAACCUUUCGUUUAGUCCCCCCCCCCCCCUUCCAGCUUUUGGAGGCAUGUUGCUCUGCUUGAAAAUCGGGAGCUGCUGUGAAGAGCAGAGGCGCAGGCAAAGUGUAACAUCAGACGGCUUCACACGAACCAGACAAGUCGACAGUCGGUGGCCGUGGAUCAAUCAGAUGAUAGACAUUAAUUUGUGCCUGAUCUGUAAACGAGGCGUUUUACACUCAUUGGAAGACGCCUCCUCCCGUGUGUUUUGGAUGGUCUCCCUUAGCCAGGUCCACGUAUUGAGAUGAUCUAUUUUUGUGAUGGCGAAGGGUCUAUUUCCACGGGCCUGGGUGAAAAAGUCAUUCUACUUCCAGGCUCGGAUCUCUUUUGUCCGGGUGAAGUACCUGUUCCUCACAUGGCUGACUGUGCUGGUGGGGAGCUGGGUGCUCUACGUGCAAUAUUCCGCCUACACAGAGCUAUGCAGAGGACACGAGUGCAAGAACGCAAUUUGUGAUAAAUACAGGAGAGGAAUCAUUGAUGGCUCUGCCUGCCGUAGUCUGUGUGAUAAAGAAACACUCUACAUGAGCAGGUGUCUGUCAACACAGCCAAACAACCAGGUGUAUACAGGAAGCUGGGGAGACCAUGAUGGGAUUAUUCGCUGUAAAUUGGGGGAAGUUGUGCACUAUGAGCUGGGUGAGGAGCUGGAGCCACGGAGGGAGGCCCCUGUGUUUGACAAGCCUACCAGAGGCACAUCAGUGGAGAAGUUCAGAGAGAUGGUCUUUAAUCACCUCAAGUCCAAGCUUGGAGAGCAGGCUAACCUUGCCAGCCUGGUCAGCCAGAUCCUCUCUGUAGCCGAUGGCAACAAAGACGGCCGGGUGUCACUGCCAGAAGCCCGCUCUACAUGGGCUCUCCUGCAGAUGGACGAGGUGCUGCUUGGCCUGCUGCUCCAGGACCGUGGACACACUCCUCGCCUCCUGGGCUACUGCGGGGACCUCUACAUGACCGAGCGCGUCCCCUACGGUCCCCUCUACGGUCUGUCUCUACCCUGGCCGCUUGUAUCUUGGGUGCCUAGUGGAGUACAGCGCACUAUUGACCAGUGGUUCACCCCCUCCUGGCCUCGCAAAGCUAAGAUCUCCAUGGGCCUGCUGGAGCUGGUGGAGGACAUCUUCCACGGCACCUACGGCAGCUUUCUGAUCUGCGACCUGGCAGCGGCGCACUUUGGUUACACUGACCGCCAUGAGCUCCGCCUUACUAACGCUGGAACGGUGGUUCCUGAGGACGAGUUCAGACGCACCAUGCGAGCACUUAAGUGUGAGACAGAUGCUGACUGUGUGUACGGGGCGGACUGCCAGACGUCCUGUGACGUGACGGAGAAGCGGUGCAGGGAGGAGCCGGUCCAGCCAAAUUUGGCAAAAGCAUGCAGCACACUGAAGGAUUACCUCCUGCGCGGGGCACCGUCGGCACUGAGAGAGGAGCUGGAGAGGCAGCUGUACGCCUGCAUGGCUCUUAAGGGUAAUGCUGGACAGAUGAACAUGGAGCACUCACUUAUCCUCAAUAACCUGAAAGCUCUGCUGUGGAGACAGAUCUCACACACCAAGGACUCGUGACAAGGAGAGGAAGUCCUUCAGAAACAAUGCUAGUCAGCUCUUUACAUGGAGCUGAGUGGUAACAAUGCUGUGAUACAUGUAAGAGUAGCAAAUUUAAUGAAGUCAUUUUUAUCAUCUCUUAACACUAAUGAAUGGAGAGACUGAUGGAGACUCUACCUCCUUUUUCCCAAACUCAGAAUUCCAGUUUCUGGAAAAUAUGUAAGAGUACUUUGAGAUGUUUUAAAACUGAAAAGUUGCAUGUUCCCAUCAGUCACACUUAAAACACUUCUUUCACACAGUGUAUUGUAUUGUAUUGUUCACUACAGAGGAAUGUCAUGGGGUCACUGUUGGAGAAACAGCCUUUUAAACAGUGUUAUACUGUUGUUGGUCUCUGUUAGCUGGGAGACAACAUAACCAUAUCUCUGGCACAAAAUCAUGCUGUUAUGUAUGGGCCUGUAUGGCUCAUCAUUGAGGAGUUGAGAAACACAAGGAUUACAAAAUCAGAGUGACUCUAGUUGUAAAAAGGUUCCAGUUCAGUGUGAUGAAACUAGGGCUGCAACUAAGAUCAUUUUCCAUAUUUGAAUAAUCAUUUUAGAUCUAUUUCCCAGAGUCCAGGUGGCGUCUUCACAUUGCUCGUUUUGUCUGACCAACAGUCCAAAACCAAAGACAAAUUUACUAUAACAGAGGACUAAGAGAAACUGUAAAUAUUCACAUUUAAGAAGUUGGGACCAGCAAAUCUUCGGCACUUACAAAAAUACCUAAAUGAUUAUUUACCAAUUAAUUGACUGUUUCAGCUCUACAUGAAAUUGCACUAUUUUAUGUUUGAUUGUUAUAAAAAUUCCCCAAAUUUCACUUUUCACUUUCAAGCUCACUUUUCAAACUCAACUGUGAGCUUUUAGGACUUAGAGAUGCUGUUGAGCUCUGGACAGAUGGGUGGCAAAUGAAGGGGAAAAACUGUUAAAUGUGUGUGGAAACAUGAACGCUUCCUUAGUAGUUAGAUAAGAAUUUUAAAAAAGCCUUGUUACAGCCUUUGCAGUCACCAGAUCUCAUAUAGACAGCAACACUAUGAAAGCACCAAGCAAUUGAGCAUCUUUUGGAAGAAUGAAUAGAAUUCAUGCUUAAGGAGCACUUAAGCUGUUCUGGAGAAUCCUGACAGCUUUUCCUCUCAUUAGUCACCCAUCUGAAUGAUAAUGUGUCGGGCCAGGAGCUUAAAAACAGACGACAUGAUGGUAUCUGUCAGUGUUCACUUAUGCUGUACAUUUUCUAUACCUGUAACCCUAGUAACAUCAUCGAUGCUACAUCACUGACACGAAGAGAAACAAUGUAUAUUUGUGAAUGUUAUCUACAUGUAUUUCUUUUUCACUAGAACAGAGGAUUUGUGGUAAUGUACUGUAAUCAUGUUAUUUUUUGGAUUUCACCUGUCACAGUGCCAUAGAGAAAACGCUGAAGUCAUUUUUAUGAAUGUUUAAACCACCAUUGAACGUGGAGAUCUUUAUGAAAUGUUGUGGUCACAUUUGAAUGCUGUGUAGAAGCUGACUUUUUCAUGAUCCCUUCCAGACAUUGCUGAGAUGAAGUGACUGAGAAUUGUUUAACCACUUAAAUGCAAGACAGUCAUGAACCUGUAAUUUCCAGAAAACUGAGCGUGUGGUCAACACUGCUGUUUGAAUUUUUAAAAUGUAAAAAAAAAAAAAAAAAGAAGUUUACUUAUUGAAGAAACCAGCAUGAUUUUGCACAAUUAAAACUGCAUACCACUUCACUAUAACUCGUCAAAUCUGCUUAAAUACACUACGAUACCAUAAGCCAGUGUGGAUUUAAGAUUGUAAAUUUGAGCAUUAAACAAAAGCACACAAAGCAGUGACAUUCCCAAAAAUCAUAAGUAUUGAUAGACACAGAGAAAAAGCUUGAGUUUGCAAUAAAUUUAUUUGUCUGUG